AUGCAAUUAUCAAUUACUUCUGCUGGUGGUGUUUUAUCAUUAUUAGAUGAAAAUACCGAAAAAGGUCCAGUCUAUGCUCUUCAUCGAUUAAAUGCUAUUGUUGAUGUUUUCUGGCCAGAAAUUAGUGAUUCAAUUUCUAAAGUUGAAUCACUUUAUGAAUAUGAAAAUUUUAAACAUCGAGAAUUAGCUGCACUUGUUUCAUCGAAAGUUUAUUAUCAUUUAGGUUCACUUGAUAAUGCUCUUACAUAUGCACUUGGAGCUGGACGUUUAUUUGAUGUUAAUGAUAAAACUGAAUAUGUUGAAACAAUUAUUGCUCAUUGUAUUGAUAAAUAUACAAAAUUACAAGUAGAAAAAUUUCAAUCAGAUGGUACUGCUCAAAUACAUAUAGAUCAACGACUUGAAGAUAUUGUUAAUCGAAUGUUUCAACGAUGUUUUGAUGAUAAAAAAUAUAAACAGGCUAUUGGUAUUGCACUUGAAACACGUCGAAUAGAUAUAUUUGAAAAGGCUAUUAAAGAAGCGAAUCAUUCGCCUGAAAUGCUCACAUAUGCAUUGAAGAUUACCAUGCAAUUAUUACAAAAUCGAAAAUUUCGUACAGUUGUUUUACGUAUACUUGUUCAUCUUUAUCUUAAUUUACAAGUACCUGAUUUUAUUAGUGUUUGUCAGUAUUUAAUCUUUCUUGAUGAUCCUGAUCAAGUAGCUGAUAUUUUACAAACACUUGUUCGUGGUACAACUGAUCAAAUGCUUAUGGCAUAUCAAAUUGGUUUCGAUUUAUAUGAAAGUGCAACACAACAAUUUUUAAAUAAAAUUCAAGAUGCUUUACGUGUUCAAGCACCAAUACCAAUUACGUUUGAUAAACAACAAGGAAUUAUUAAAGACGAACAACAAGGUGGAGAAAUAACUAUUGGUGUACAUAUGCAAUUUCUUAUUAAAAAUAAUCAUGCUGAUUUAUUAAUUCUUAAACAAAUUAAAGAUGCUGUACGAAAUUCAGUAUGUCAUACAGCUACUGUUAUUGCCAAUGGUUAUAUGUUAUCAGGUACAACAAGUGAUCAAUUUUUUAGAGAUAAUCUUGAAUGGCUUGCUCGAGCUACAAAUUGGGCAAAAUUUACAGCUGCGACAAGUCUUGGUGUUAUUCACAAGGGUCAUAUAAAAGAAGCACUUAAUUUGAUGAGUGCUUAUUUACCAAAAGAUUCAACAGGUAAUUCAUCAUAUGCUGAAGGUGGUGGUUUAUAUGCACUUGGUCUUAUACAUGCAAAUCAUGGUGGAGAUAUUAUUGAUUAUCUUAUUAAUCAAUUACGUUCAAAUUCAACACAAACGGAUGCGGUUCGUCAUGGUGCUUGUCUUGGCUUAGGUUUAGCUGCUAUGGGCACAGCACGUAGUGAUGUCUAUGAAUUAUUAAAAACAAAUUUAUUACUUGAAGAUACUGUAGCUGGUGAAGCAGCUGGUUUAGCUAUGGGUUUUGUUAUGCUUAGCACUGGUUCAGCACAAGCUAUUGAAGAUAUGGUUCAAUAUGCUCAAGAAACACAGCAUGAAAAAAUUUUACAUGGUUUAGUUAUUGAUAUUGUACUUGUUCAAUAUGGUCGUUUAGAAGAAGCUGAUGCACUUAUCGAACAACUUCAACGUGAUAAAGAUCCUAUUUUACGUCGUUCAGCUAUGUACACUGUUGCUAUGGCAUAUUGUGGUACAGGUAAUAGUGCAGCUGUACGCAAACUUCUUCAUGUUGCUGUUAGUGAUGUAAAUGAUGAUGUUCGCCGUUCAACUGUUAAAUCACUUGGUUUUCUUAUGUUUUGUAUUGAUGAACAAAUGAAGAAUAUCGAUCGUUUUGAUGCAUUAUAUGAUGAUCUACGUGCUGAACAACGUGAUUUAAAAAAAAAAUUAGAACAAAAAUUGAAACAAAAAAAUGAAAGACAUCACAUAUUUUGGCAUCAAAAACAAAACAAACUUAUACAUGUUAGUGAAGGUAUUCGAGAUUUUAAUGAACGUAUUCAAGAAUAUAUUGGUCUAUUGGCUUGUCUUCCAUUGAUAUUAAAUAUUCAACGAAGUGGAUCAGAAUUUAUGCGAAAUUUACAACAUCGUAGUCUAUCAACAAUAUCAGAUUUUAAUAGUGUCGUAAAUCGUAAUCAAGUUCUUAAUCAUGUUGUUUUAGCUGAAAUAAAUUUUUUUCAAAAAGAAAAAGUUAAAGAUUUUAAUUUAUAUAUGAAAAUACUUAUGAAUGAACAAAUUCAAUUUUAUGAAAAAAUUACAUCAGAAUUACAUGAAGCAGCAGUAACAUUUAAUUAA